GCAAUGACCAACAACAGUGCAAGCUGUCUAGCAGCAAAGCAAUGAGAGAGUUCCAUUCAUGUGCUCACCAACCUAAGCCGCCAAUUGAAUUAAGAAUAAACUCAUAUAGAAAGUGACAGAAUCCCAUAAACUGUAUCUUUCACUCAAUUCUCAGUUUUGGCUCAAAUGCUCAAACCUUGUGUGCUCUUCAAAGAAUUAGGAACUACUUGUAUAAAUAAAUAUGAUAUCCGACUGUCUCUUCUUCCACCCCCAACAAUUCAGUUAUCAGUACUACUGUUUGGUGGGGAUAAAUUAACAACCAAAAAAGAUCAAAACUUUUUCUGGGUCUCAAUUUCAUCAUCUUCAGCCUUAGAUCUUGUAUUUUGAUUGAGCAAUUGACUGGGAUUUUGAAUUCUUUUGGCUGGGAUUUUGCGAUGGGAGACGUAGCAAAGGACUUAACCGCAGGGACAGUCGGUGGAGCUGCUCAGCUGAUAGUUGGGCAUCCUUUUGACACCAUCAAGGUGAAGCUUCAAAGUCAGCCAACUCCUCUUCCUGGCCAACCUCUCAAAUACACAGGUGCUAUGGAUGCCGUGAAGCAAACAUUAGCUGCAGAAGGUCCUCGGGGUUUGUACAAAGGUAUGGGAGCCCCGCUUGCUACUGUUGCCGCUUUUAACGCUGUACUUUUCACAGUCAGAGGCCAAAUGGAAACAUUAUUAAGGUCUGAACCUGGGGUACCCCUCUCAAUCAGCCAGCAAAUUGCUUGUGGAGCGGGGGCUGGAGUCGCUGUCUCCUUUUUAGCUUGCCCCACUGAGCUGAUCAAGUGCAGGCUACAGGCACAAAGUUCCGUUGCUGGAGCUGGCACAGCUGCAUUACCCGUGAAAUAUGGAGGGCCGAUUGAUGUAGCAAAACAUGUUUUAUCAGAAGCAGGUAUGAGAGGUCUCUUUAAAGGCUUGGUCCCUACGUUAGCCCGUGAAGUCCCAGGUAACGCUGUAAUGUUCGGUGUAUAUGAAGCUGUCAAACAGUUAAUUGCUGGUGGAUAUGAUACCUCCGGCUUAGGGAGGGACUCUUUGAUAUUGGCAGGAGGCAUAGCCGGAGCAUCCUUCUGGGGCUUCGUGUACCCUACUGACGUGGUGAAAAGUGUAAUCCAAGUCGAUGAUUAUAAAGCACCGAAAUAUUCUGGCUCAAUCAACGCGUUUAAAAAGAUAUUAUCUACCGAGGGUGUGAAAGGAUUGUACAAGGGGUUUGGUCCUGCUAUGGCUCGGAGUAUACCAGCAAAUGGAGCUUGUUUUCUAGCUUACGAGGUUACUAGGUCUAGUUUAGGGUGAUUAUAUUCUGUUUUUCUUGAGUUUUCACUGAUUUAAUCACUUGGUACUGUCUGAUAAUUCUUUCAAACAUUUGAUGAAGUCCAUUUGAUCCCCUUGAAUGAAAAGUGUGGGGAAAAAAAUUGAAGGUUUACAUGGUUUCACUGGACUUUUGAUCCUAUUUUUGGUGGUUUACAAGGUGAAUGGGACAAAACUUGAACCAUUGUGCAUAACAUGUUUAUCGUAAUUGGUUUCUUUUUGUAUACCAAUGCCUUUUCUAUAAGAACCCCUAUUUGAAAUUUAAAUAAGUUAAAUAAAUUCUACAUGAUAA